CUGUGCACAUUGAGUUCAGCUCUCAGGUUAGUUUCUCUAAGACCUCACAUGGGUUGACUUGAGCGCUAGAGAGUAUUAAUCCAUGAUCAUGAUGCAUCCCUCUUAAUAGUACGGCUUUCCUAUCAACUCAAGAUCAAAAGAUAAAUCAAAUUUAAACCACUUGAUAAGCUUCCAUCAAACCAAAGCCUUUCUUUCAAUUCUUGAUAAGCUGAGGAUGUCAUCAUGUCAAACUUGUUUUUAAUCUUGAGCAUAGCCAUCUUGAGCACAUGACUUGGUUCCAUUCAAUAGAUAGAUUUGACUCCAAAUGUACCAAGUCAUUUUCAUUAACUACUUCAAUAGUAGAUUUGAUCCUCCACAUCAACAUGACCCUUAGAGCUUGAUUAGUACCUCAACUAAAUGCAAGUAAUUCCUUCUUCACCCGAGCUAGGUUUUUCGGUCGUCAAGCCGUCGCUUGCCCUUCACCCUUGCUUAGUACCUCGAAGCCUUUCCUUGCUAUCUUCACCAUCUCAAGUCUUCAAGUCAUAUGUUGCUUUGAAUCAUCCAAACAAUUUUAUACUUUUCAUUAUUGCUUUCAUAUGAGUGAUAGAUAUCUUCACAAUAAAUAAGUCUCUUUCAAUGAUUCCAUUUGCAUUGUUGUUUUGUGCUUGAACUAGAUUGCUUCAUACAACAAUACAUAAUUUUGGCUUUUGUAAACUUGGAUCAAAUACCUAUGAGGUAGCUUUUCCCUGUUUCACACUUAGCAAGAUCAUUAGUUCCUUUAAUCAUGGUUGUCAUUCAAUCAUCCAAAACACAUUAAGUGGCUUAAUGCACUUACACCAAGCCUCCUAGAUUGGCUUUGGGACAACUUCCUAAGCCUAUUGAUCCAAAGUUCUUUGAAGGUGCUUGCUCUGACGAUGUUCAUAGAAAGUCUGAAGACAAGGUGGCAAUUAUAAUGCCAUAUUGCAAAGCCAAGGGUUUAUGUUUCAAAUGUGGAGGUAAAUGGGGACCCCAACACAAAUGUCAUGCCUAUGUUCCUUUAAAUAUGGUGGAAGAGGUGUGGAAAUUGGUAGUUGAACCUGUGUGUUCCCAAAUUCCUCCUCAAUAAUCAUAGUAUGACUCUAAUGAUAAACUUUUGGCCAUCUCGGAAAAUGGAGUCAAGGGCACUAAUGUUGCAAAGACCCCACAUGCCUUCAUAGGAUACCAUUAGUUUAUGAUUUUAGUUAGCGGAUUAAGGUAAUUAUCACAACUUUAUUAGUGAGCACAUGACCUCUAUGUUCAAACCUUGCACUCCUAUAAAACAAUCAAUGGUCGUUACGGUUGUUGGUGGUGCUCAGUUACUCUAUACUCAUGAGAUUGUCAACUGUUCUUUGUCAGCACAAGGUACAUAUUGUUCACCACUACAUUCAAAAUUAGUAGGUCAUGCCAAUAGUGUGUCACCAAUAAGGCCGCUGAUGCUCUGUCAAGAGUUGUUCAUAACACUUCCACACUUUCUGCUAUCUCACAUGCACAACCUCCAUGGUUUGCAGACUCUCCAACAUAGUUGUGCUCAAAGUCCUCUUGCUCAAGAUCUUCUGUCUCCCUUAGCUCUACAUGGUCCUCAUGGCCAUUUUACAUUAGUCCAAGGUAUCAUCAAAUACAAGCAUGCUAUCUGGCUAGGCCAUUCAGAUCCACUUCAAACCAAAGUGACUACUUAGUUUCACGCCAGCUCUAAUGGUGGUCACUUUGGUUUUCUAGGUACUUCUCACCGCAUCAAGAAGUUGUUUUACUAAGCUCACAUGAAGACUUCUAUCAAAGAGCUUGUCACUGCCUGUGUCACAUGCCAACAUGCCAAGUCUAAAUGCCUUCCAUAUUGAGGGCUCCUUCAACCACUCCCAUUGCUAGAUCAAGCCUAGAAAGUUGUCACCAUAGAUUUUAUAGAAGGUUUCCCACUUCCCCCUCCAAUUACAUACUUGUGGUAGUAGACAAGUUUCCUAAGUACACUCAUUUCACUAGGCUCAAACACCCCCUAUUCUACCCUCCAAGUAGCAUAAUUGUUUAUGGAACAUGUUAAUAAGUUACAUGGUGGCGACUAUGAAAAUGUCACAAUUUCACAUACUCUAAAUGCCAUCAACAACCUCAGAAUAAAAGGAAGAUAAGCAUAUCAUGAAUAUAAUUUAUUCAAUAACAAGUUCCACAUGUAUAUGGAGUAUUUUUUGCAAGACAUAAGCCAAAGCUAGAAAUUGAGCCAAAUGAGCCCACACUAGGGGAUCACCCACCACCCUAGUGGGUCCCACUACCCUCUUCAAUCCUUCCAUGAGCCAAGAAGCAUAAUUCAAGCAAUACUCACCCCUUGCAUCAAAUUAAAGUUGUAUUUCUUCUCAAUUGCUAAAGAUCAACUCACACGGAUUGAAGAGCCUACAACUUAAGAAAUCGACGUGCCAAGGAGAACAUGAGCUUUGCUGUGGUACACCCAAAUAACUAUGAGUCGUCGAUCUAGAGGACUUUCAUCAAAUAUUACCUCCUAGGAGGUAAUAGAAGGAAGAAAUAUAUAUAUUAGCAAAUAGGUAAAAUAUCUUCAAUUAGAUCUAGUUUACAUAUUGCGUUAGAUCAUGGACGAUGUAAAUUGUAAUCAACAUGAUGGACAUAAUUAUUACUAUUUUUGUGACGUGACAUGACAUGGUAAUAAAGUAAUAAGGUGUGUUUUAGCCUUUUUUGUUACAUUUUUUUCACACACCUUCGUGCGUGUAAGUCACUUGCUAAAAAAUCAGGGUUUCAAUUUUGGUUUUAGAAAUAUUCGGCAACCACUAAAAUUACUGAAUUUUACGAAUUUCUAUAAAAAAUUCAGUGAAUUUUGCAAAAUAUUUUUAGAUCUAAACAAAAAAUUAGCACGAUUUAUGAAUCUACUAUACAUAUAUUAGUUUAAUACAAAAUAUCCAUGAUUAUCCUUUUUUAUAAUAAGGAGCGCUUCCUUCCACACAUAACACAUAGAAAACAAAUAACAUGUGCUUAAUCGAAGUGAUAAAUGCAUGCAUGCAUGCAUAACAUUCCAUUCUUAAUUCUAUGCGACUUCUUGGAAGGAUUUGUUUCUUUAAUUGUUGCCUUGAUUUUUACUUUUUAGACAUUUUAGUUACUUAUAAAAUAUUUUGGCUUUAAAAAUCAAGGGCUAUGAUUUAACUGAAUUCUUACCUCCUAUGAGGUAAUGGGUGUACCAUAGCAAAACCAACACAUACCCACUCAAGAUGAUGGCAAGAGGCCCCACACCAGAGAGGGACCCACCAGUCAUUAGAGGGGGGCGGGUUGGCCGACCCCUAUCGCUCGAUGGGUGGGAAUGCCUCCACCGCCUUCCAGUGUGCUCUCAUGCAAGAAAGUUCUUGGUUUCUUGGAGGGAUCGAUCACCGCUUUGUUUUAGUUCUUGGUUGGAUCGUACUUUGGGUGGAUGGAGCAGAGGCCGGCGGUGGUGUGCUGUCGAUGAUCGAUCGUCGGUAUGUUUUAGGUGUAGAGAUACGUACAAAUGGAAAAAAAAAACAUAUUUUGACAAACUGAUCGGACGCGGGGCAAAGCAAGCGGCCACAUCCCAAUCGAACUCGGAGAAAGGAAAGGAAAUUAAAAACAAGAUAAAUAAAAGGUGUAUAUAAUGAUAAUACUAAGUGUAUAAAAAGGAAUUGGCAAAUCCUAAGUCCAACAGGGGCCGAGUCACGGACAAGAAGAAAAGACCCCUUUCUCGCCGAGUCGCCGUUACCUUUCGUCUUCAAAGCCGUCGCCGUCGCCGUCGCGGCACCAUAGUCUCCGGCCACCCGCGCCGCAGUCCAUCAGAAUAUCUAAGGUUCCGUCCCCUCUAGCUCCCCUACAGCAUCCGAUGUUUAAACGAACGUUUCUUUAACUGCCUCGUCGGUUUUCUCCCCCUCCGCUCCAGACUUCCAGAGUCCAUAGUGCUUCUAUCCCCCGGCACGCCGCCGGCCGGCGAUAACCUGACCACCACAUGCCGACCUCGAGGACGGUGUCGACGAUUGCGGCGCAGACGGAGCAAGGCACGCAUGUGGUUCGCAUCCUGGGGUACAGCCAACUAAGGCGCAUGAAGGAGGUGAUCAAUUCCGACAAGUUCUCCGUCGGCGGGCACGAGUGGUUCGUGAAGUUGGUUCUCGAUAGCUGCAGCACAGCAACUGCGUUCUCCCACCCAGACUGUAUCAUCGCUGUACUCUUGCUCAAGAGCCAUGCCCAGACCAAGGAAGUGCAGGCGUCGUUCGACCUCAACCUGCUCGAUCUGGCCAGUGGGUCGUCCUUGUCGGUGCACAAGGUUGCACCCAGCUUUUUCCACCCCGGCUAUGGCGACACCACGGUUGCUUGCUGUCAGAUAAAGAAUGACCUGUUUGAAACAUCCAGCUACCUUCAGGACGAUUGCCUCACAAUCGAAUUCAGCAUCACUGUUUUCAAAGGACCACUGUCAUCUGAGACCAAAUCGUUGCCGAGGAUCCAUGUGCCGCCAUCCGACAUCGCAGCGGAUUUCGGCAACCUGAUGGAAACAAUGGAGGGGGCCGAUGUCACCUUCAGCGUUGGAGGGCAGGAAUUCACGGCGCACAGGAUCGUGCUCGCCACGCGGUCGCCUGUUUUCAGAGCACAGCUCUAUGGCCCCAUCAGGGAGGCAGGAACAGGAACAGCUCCCAUUGUCAUUGAAGACGUGCAGGCAGAUGCUUUCAGAGCCCUUCUCCGUUUCGUCUACACGGAUUCUUUGCCUCCGUCGGAUGAUCUCCAGUCGGAUGAUUACGCUGAGAUGAUCCGCCACUUGCUUGUGGCGGCGGAUCGGUACGCGAUGGAGAGGCUAAAGCUCAUGUGUCAAAGCAUCCUCUGCAAGAAUCUUACUGUGCAGGAUGUUCCAACCACGUUGGCUCUAGCUGAUCAACAUAAUUGCGACUUGCUUAGGGAUGCCUGCGUUGAGUUUAUUGGCUGUUUAAGCGCAACGGAUGCCGUGGCGGCAACUCAAGGCUACAAGGAUCUGAAACGAACUUGCCCAUCUAUUGUAACUGAUUUUGAGGAGGCAAGUAAACUUCGUAAAACAUGAGCUGAUUAGCUUAUUUAUUAAGCAAAACUCACUGUCAGAUGAAUGUAGAAUUGGAGAUUACUACCACCUUAGUUAUAUGAAAUUAUGAAUAGUUUGCUAGUUUUGUUGAAUAAUACUCUCAGGUAGUCAGGUUAACUACUAUUGGUCAGAGCUGAUCACAGGCUUAAGCAGCUCAUUCUUAGUUGAAUAGAAGGAGAUUAGUACCUCCUUUGUCAUAUGAGUAGCUUUAUAGCUUUUAAGCUUUGUUAUAUCCUCUCAGGUUAGCUACUAUUAAUGAGUAUGGUCUUAGAAUUUAAAACAAAAAUGCCUGCUUUUAUGUGUUGAUGAUGGAUAGAACUGGAUGUCUGAACUGUGCAUAGCUUUGCAAAAGUUGAUGGUUUUUUCCCUUUCUGUUUGCACUUGUCUGCAAGCUUGAUGUUUCAGGCACACGUUUAGCUUUGUCAUAUCCUUUAUGAUAAGUUCUGUGUGGAAUAUUUAUUAUGAUGACCUCAACCAUCUCUAUAAAACAAAUUGAUGAGAGAAUAAAGCAUCAUAAACUAGAAUAUCUUUGACAGUAGCAGAGUAUUUAUUGUGCUUCCUUGAUACUUAACGCAUAUGACAAUAGAAGUACAUUUAUAUCUUUUGUGUAACUCUUGGAGGGUAGUAUGCUUCAGAUGCAUGCAUCGAAGAAUAAAACUUUCUUCAAUUCAAUUAUUGAUUUUGAAUCAUAUUAGACAGGCUUUUGAUUGAACUACUGAAACAAAGUUUGAGGAAUUGGUAGAUCAAAAACUACAACAAUAAAAGUAAAUUAAGGGGAGUUUGAGAAUUUGAUGGUUGUAUUAACGGUUAUUAGAUUCAUGUAACGUUCGCAAAUUUGUAUAACAGAAAAAUUCCAACUUUUUAAUUUUUUUUGUUUGAUUGUGUGUUGCAUGUAAAAUGUGAGGUGAAACUUAGUCAAAUAUUUUCCUUCCGCCAAAUUCAAAAUCCAAACUUCAAAACUAUUUACAACGAACUGGUGGUCAUGAAGAUUGAUCACCUACAUGACAAAAGGCAUUUUCAAAUAAAAUGUUUUCAAAAUAAUAAUAAUAAUCCAUACCUAUUAAUAAAAUGACAAAAUUUCAGCCUAUUUUUUGAUCCAUCCAUUUUUUUAGUCCGUCUUUCUCUAACUACCGGACAAAUGCAGAAUUUCUUCUAUCCGGACUUAUAUAUAACUCAGUUCCCUCAAAAAAAACUUAUAUAUAAAGCUCUUUGACUGGCAUGAUAUGGAGUUCGAUUCCAGUUUUAUAUAGGUCCUAUAUAAGGUAACCUUGAUAGCUAGGAGGAGUCCUAAUCCUAAUAUAAAUAGAUUACUCCAAUCUUUAAGUAAUCCAAAUAGAAAAUGAUAUAAAUUUUCUAUUUUCUUGGUUUACCUUUUUCUCUAUUUUUUCAUCUAUUUGUCCCGGACUACUAUAUCUAGUUCUAUUC